AAACUAUUCUCUGUCACAGGUGACUGAAGCUCAGAUCCAGACGUCAUGGCCACGCGCCGUCGGCCACUCAUCUCCGCCGCCAUUGUCCUCCUUUUUCUAUCCCCACUCUCCGCCAGCGACGACAAAGAAUCAGACCCCAUAUCCCGCUUCCAAAACUACCUAAGAAUCAACACCGCUCACCCAAACCCAAAUUACCCCGCCGCAGUGGAGUACCUGACCUCCUUCGCCGCCACCAUCCCAACCCUCCAAACCAGAAUCCUCUACCUCACUACCCCCGACAAGCCCCUCCUCCUCAUCACCUGGCCCGGCUCCGACCCUUCCCUCCCUUCAAUUCUCCUCAAUUCCCACCUCGAUUCCGUCCCCGCCGAGCCCUCCAAGUGGCUCCACCACCCGUUCGCCGCCCACCGCACCGCCGACGGCCGAAUCUACGCCCGCGGCGCCCAGGACGACAAGUGCAUCGGUAUGCAGUAUCUCGAAGCCAUCAGGGAGCUAAAAAAAUCGAAUCUUGAUCACACCCCUCUUCGCACCGUGCACAUUUCCUACGUCCCGGAAGAAGAAAUCGGUGGAUUUGAUGGGAUGAUGAAGUUUGUUGAGACGAGGGAGUUUGAGGAAUUGAAAAUUGGGUUUAUGUUGGAUGAAGGGCAAGCCUCUGUUAGUGAUGAGUUCAGGGUGUUCUACGCUGAUCGCUCGCCUUGGCACGUCGUGAUCAGGGCGCGGGGCGCGCCUGGACACGGCUCGAGGAUGUUCGACGGUGGCGCCAUGGAGAAUUUGAUGAAGAGUGUGGAGAUGAUGAUGAACUUUAGGGAGACUAGCUUUGAUUUGGUUAAGGCCGGUUUGGCUGCCAAUUCGGAGGUUAUUUCUGUUAAUCCUGUGUUCUUGAAUGCUGGGAUUAAGUCUAAUGAUGGGUAUGUGAUGAAUUUGCAGCCGUCCGAGGCAGAUGCUGGAUUCGAUAUCCGGAUGACACCCACUGCAGAUCCUGAUCUCAUGAGGAGGAGGAUCGCGGAGGAGUGGGCGCCGGCUUGGAGGAACAUGACUUAUGAGAUAACAGAAAAGGGUCCUCUACGAGACUUCAAAGGGCGCCCUCUGAUGACAGCAACCGAUGGUUCUAAUCCAUGGUGGGCCGUAUUUAACCAAGCCAUUGCAGCAGCUGGGGGAAGGCUUGCAAAGCCUGAAAUCUUAGCUUCGACGACUGAUGCUAGGUUUCUGAGACAGUUGGGAAUACCUACCUUUGGAUUCUCUCCGAUGAAGAAUACACCCAUAUUGCUUCAUGAUCACAAUGAGUUUCUCCAAGAUAGUGUCUACUUAGAAGGGAUUAAGGUUUAUGAGAAUGUAAUCAGAUUUUUGAGUUCCUUCGAUGGAGCUUCAGUCGCAAAACAAGACGAGUAGGCUGUGGAACUGAUCACUUGUGUGAUGAGUACUUCAACACUGCAGGUAUCAUACUCACAUCCUGAUCAGCCUCGUUUUAUGAAGUAUUUAAGAGUUGUAGAGUUGUAAGUUGAUCAUCGUAUUCUGAUAUAACUUUUGAUCUUGCAUUAAUUUCCUGAUCAAGCUGGAUCCGAAUCGCUUAUUGUGUUUA